CCCACCCCACCUACUUUUCAUUACCAUUUCCUUUCUUCCCUUUUCCUCUUCUUUCUUCUUACCCAUAGCCUGAAAAAAAAUCAAGAAACCCCUCUCUGUUUUUGAUGGAAGCUACUCUUGGUCUAAUGGAUUUAGCUGGUGAUCAUGGUGGAGGAGGAACUGAUGGGUCAAUUUCAACAGUGUCAAAGGAAGAUAAUAUGGUGUUGUUAUCAUCUGAGGCUUCUUCUUCAUCAUACCCUGAUGAGUCUGAGCUUGAAUUGGGUCUUGGACUAAGUCUUGGUUCUAAGUCCAAUAAAACUGGAGCUUCAAGGGCUAAAUUCUUGACGGCUAAAGAUUUCCCUUCUUUGGGUUCCAAUUCAUUUUCUUCAUCUUCCUCUUCUUCAGCUACUAAAAUUAAUAAUAAUAAUGCUUCCUGUGGCACCAAGAGAGCUGCUGAUUCUAUUUCACCUCCCCGUUCUACUGUCAGUCAGGUUGUUGGAUGGCCUCCUGUAAGAACUUAUAGGAUGAAUACCCUAGUUAACCAGACAAAAUCACCACCCACAGAAGAAUUUUGCGGGGCAAUUGAGAAAUGCAAAAGCAAAAAUAUCAUCACUAAUGCGAGUAGCAGCAAGAGCAACAGUUUUGCCAAGGAGAAAGGGCUCAUCAAGACUUCCAUGUUUGUGAAGGUCAAUAUGGAUGGAGUUGCAAUUGGAAGGAAGGUAGAUCUGAAUGCUCAUAGUAGCUAUGAGAACUUGGAACAGACUUUAGAUAGGAUGUUCUUAAAACCCAACACUGCGGUUUGUGCAAGAUCGUCAAAUGCACAAGAGCUAAGUGUCAUGUCAGAAACGUCAUCUUCAAGAUUAUUAGAUGGAUCAUCAGAAUUUGUGCUGACUUAUGAAGACAAAGAAGGAGACUGGAUGCUUGUUGGAGAUGUUCCAUGGGAAAUGUUUAUUAGCUCCGUCAGGAGACUACGAAUCAUGAGGACAUCUGACGCCAAUGGACUUGCUCCAAGUUUCAUGGAAAGAAAUGGAAGACAGAGGACUAAGCCUAUAUAGGUCAGAUAAAGAAGCCCCUUAUUGGAAGGAUGAAGUACAGAAGGAAAUUAUAGUGGAUUAUAAAAUAAUUUCUCAGUAACAAACUGGUCAUAUGUGAUCUUAUUGGCUUUUUUUUUUUUUUUUUUUUUUAACCUCACGGGUAACAAACUGGUCAUAUGUGAUUUUUUACUUCACUCUCUGGGAGGAGAGGCGUUUUGGUAGAUUAUGGAAGAUGCUGGUAUAUGUCAUACACUGCGAUCUUCAGAGGUAGUUGUGAGCAUGGAUGUGUCCACUUAUACUGUACUAUGUUUAUCCUGAAACAGGUGAACACUAAUGUUGUUGAAAGGAAAGUUUACAAGGUUCAUACUGGGAACCUUUUUUGUUGGUUGAUAAAACCUUUAAUUAUUUCAUGUUUGUAUUU